CGAUUACCUUGUCACAGAAAGCUGCAGGAUUGUGCCUCGAGGCAUCACCAUCGUGUCAAGACCAGUCAUGGCCACCGCGAAAGCGGUCAAGCUGCCCAGCCUUCUUUACGGGACCGCAUGGAAGAAAGACCACACGAAAGAGCUGGUGAAGCAAGCUCUCUUGUCAGGGUUCCGAGCUGUUGAUACUGCAGCUCAGCCAAAGCAUUAUCAAGAGCAUUUGGUCGGUGCGGGAAUUCGCGCGGCACUGCAGGAAGGACAAUUCAAGCGCGAAGAUCUCUACAUUCAGACGAAAUUCACAUCUAUCAACGGCCAAGAUCUGAAGGCAGGAGUGCCGUACGAUCCUCAAGACAGUAUCGCCGAUCAGGUCAAUUCGUCGGUAGCUUCAUCCCUACUGAACCUCCGACAUACCGAGCAUGAUAGCGGAGAAAAACCUUAUGUCGAUUGUCUAGUUCUCCACUCACCAUUCCCAACCACUUCGCAGACAUUCGAAGCAUGGCAAGCUAUGGAGACACAUAUACCGGAGCAUGUGCGAACGCUCGGCAUCUCAAAUUGCUAUGAUCUCAAAUUGCUCCAAGCGCUAUAUGACUCCGCAGACGUCAAGCCAUCUAUUUUACAGAACCGGUUCUACAGAGACACAGGCUAUGACCGCAGCCUGCGAACGUACUGUCAAAGCAAGGGGAUCGUAUAUCAAUCAUUCUGGACGCUGACCGCAAAUCCUCACCUCCUCAAAUCCGAGCCGGUGGCUAUCCUCCGACAUCAGGCGAAUCUCAGCAGAGAAGUUGCUCUAUACAGCCUGGUCCUGGGUCUUGGCAAUGUACAGGUGCUUUGUGGUACCACGAAUGCAGCUCGAAUGCAAGAAGACCUUGCUGGAGUGGCUGAGGUUCAGACAUGGAAGACUCAGCACGAAGCGCAGUGGCAGGACAUCAUGAUUGCCUUCGACCGCCUCCUUCGGUGAUAUGGAUGGAAUGCCUACGCGACGAGUCGGUCUCUGGCUACCUUUCGAUGCCAUAUCCGGCAUCAAGUUCCCGAAUACCAGCAUCAAUGGAGUUUGAAGCUCGUCUUCAACACAGCCGCUGCGCUGACCGCUAUUCUCCCCAACAAGCUCCAAGGCGAAGACAACAUCGCAAAGAACCAUCACCACUUGUAACCACCACCGUCACAGCACCGCAAACUGAACGCUUCAGCUCCAUGGCCUGACCUCGGCGACAAUCACCAAAGUGGGUCCACUAGCACCACUAGCAGCCACGCUUUCCACCAGGCUACACAAUAGCGUGCAAAACCAUUCAACUUCAUGCGCACUUCAUCAGAGGUCGAGCCAAUGUCGCUUUCGUGGUGUAGGUGGUCAUCACGUCAGUCUAACACACUGA